UUUGUGAAACAUACCAGUCCUGCUUAAAAUUUUAUACACAUUUCCUAACCUUUAAAAAACAUUUUUAUUGCAGUUUCGUCUCUGCAGCAUCCCCACAAGUUCAACUGUGCUAUGGAUGAGGAUGAUGUUACUGUGUACUUUGGUACACGGACACCCACAAUAUGCAACUCAAUCAAUCAAUAAUAUUGCUACUGCUUCCUAAACCCAUACAUCACUGCAGUAUCCCUUCUAAACUGCCUCUCACAUUUUUUAGAAUUUAGUUACCUUUAAAAAAAGAAAUAUAUCCAAUAGGUAUGCUGUACACAAAAAAUGAUCAUUGCCAACUGUAGCAUAACAGACUGUAUAAUGGCUGUGUAUGAUGUAUAGAAUGGCUGAUUUGGCUCUAGGAUUUAAAUUAUGUUAUUUAAACAGAAUAUAAAUACACUUUACAGCCAUUCUAUAGCUGCAGAACAGAUUUCAACACAACACAUCUCUAACAUUUUCCCCUUCUAAUAGAAUUGCUGUCUUAUGAUCUAAUGAUGAUGAAUGAUGCUAAAAUUGCUGUCUAAUCAUUUCCUCAGAAAGUGAAAGUAAAAUUGUGCAGGGGGAAUUUCAGAUAAGGACAGAUAUGUUGAUACUGAAGGUAGCACUGAGUGCUGGGACCCGUAUAUAAAUGCCAGCCUGUCUUUAAAAAGCAAGAGUGUUCUUCCAGCUGCUGAUUCCAUAGACUGGGCAGACUACAGACUAUCCGCAUUAUUAAGAUGGGUGGGACACAGAGUAAGUGGGUUCUUCUGGCUGCUGGUUCCAAAGGUUGGACAAAUUACAGACAUCAGGCUGAUGUGUGUCAUGCCUAUCAGAUGGUUCACCAGCAUGGUAUUCCAGAUGAGCAGGUGGUGGUGAUGAUGUAUGAUGAUAUAGCUUACAAUGCAGAGAACCCAACACGAGGACAAAUCAUCAAUGAGCCCAAUGGACAGAAUGUUUACACAGGAGUUCCAAAAGACUACACUGGACCAGAUGUUACAGCCCACAACUUCUUGGCUGUGCUCCGUGGAGAUGAAGAGGGUCUUAUUAAACAUGGCUGGGGAUCCAGAAAAGUUCUAAAAAGCGGUAAAAAUGACACAAUUUUCAUAUACCUGUCAGACCAUGGCAGCAAAGGAAUAUUUUCCUUUCCUCAUGAUACACUGUAUGCAUCUGACCUUAUUGCCACUGUAACAAAGAUGGCAGAAUCCCAGCAGUUUUCAAAGAUGGUGAUCUACAUUGAAAGCUGUUUUUCUGGAUCAAUGAUUGAACAUCUCCCACCAAACAUUCAGAUUUAUGGAGUGUCAGCUUCUGGUCCUCACCAGACCUCCAAAGCUUGCUUCUAUGAUGACUACAGACAUACAUUUCUUGCUGAUGUAUUCAGCAGUUACUGGCUUUUGCACUGCAGAAUGUCUAACCUUACUAGGACAACCUUCCAGGAUCAGUUUAAAUACCUGACGAGUAAGGUCAAAAAAUCCACCCCUUGUCAAUACGGUAAUAAGAACCUCAGCAAAUUGUACAUCUGUGACUUUCUGGGUUGUGCUGACUCUGAAACUCGGUCAGCACAUGCUUGUAAAGCGAAAACAUUUGAACCAACACAUCUUACUGCAUCUCAUGAUGUCCCACUGGUUCUUCUAAACAAAAAAAUUGAGAGAGAGACAGAUCCUAUUAGAAAGAGAGAUCUACUGAGAGAACAAGACAACCUUCUACAGAAAAAGUCAAGGAUUGAAAAGGCUGUAAAUGACAUUGCUAAACACGCCCGUCCCAAAAACACCAAUGCCAGGAGCGUCCACUGUCCAUUAACUCAUCUGGGUGAAAUGAAAGAGAUAGCAGAGCAUUUCAGACUGACCUUCAGUGACUCCUCGCACAAGGACGAUGUUGCUCUUCUACUGUCUCACAUGCACAUCUUUGAUGACCUUUUGAAGGCUGGAGCAGGAGUUGAAAGGAUCAAAGCGGCAACAACUCUUGUGCACUCUUUGGAUUGAUUCCAGUGGAUGCAUUUAACUUUGCAGUGCAUCGCUGUUCCAGCAUUGAAGCCUCUGCUCUCCUGUCUUGCUUCGCUUCUCUCUAGUACC